CUCCCAUUUAUUAUUACACCAGAGCUGUGGAGCGUGCGGAGGAUGUGUCGCAACACCAUCAGAGGGCUCUGAAAAGAUUUUUUUUGGAUAUCGUCUAUAAUUAUUAUCACUAAAGGAAAUAAAUACAUAUCAAAAUUGGGAAAACAACUUGAGUGACAAUGCCAGAGGAGAAAGUGUUCCAGCCGCAGGCUGUCCACAGCCCCGUGGAGCAGCAGAAGCAGAAGCAAGGAAGAGGAGGAGGCCCAAUCCCCUGUCAGAACUGUGGGAAGCCGUGCAAAGGAGAGGCACUCCGAGUCCAGAACAAACACUUCCAUAUCAAGUGUUUUGCCUGUAAAGUAUGUGGAUGCGAACUGGCCCAGGGAGGCUUCUUCGUGCGGCAGGGUGACUUCAUCUGCACUCUGGACUACCAGCGGAUGUAUGGGACUCGCUGCUUCAGUUGCCAGGACUUCAUCGAGGGGGAGGUGGUGUCCGCCCUGGGAAAGACCUACCACCCGCGCUGCUUUGUCUGCGCCUCCUGCAAACAGCCAUUCCCGGCUGGCGACCGAGUGACAUUUAACGGGAAGGAGUGUAUCUGCCAAAAAUGUACCGAGCCUCUCCCUGCCAACAGCCCUGCACCCAUACAGGCUGUCCACAACUGCUGCGGCUGUGGGAAGGAGUUUCAGAAUGAACAGUCCCUUGUAGCACUGGACAAGCACUGGCACCUGGGCUGCUUCAAGUGUAAAGUCUGCAACAAGGUCCUCAAUGCUGAGUACAUCAGCAAGGAUGGGAUCCCCUACUGCGAGAUGGACUACCACGCCAUGUUUGGCAUCCAGUGCGAGAGCUGCAAGAAGUACAUCACCGGAAAAGUCCUGGAGGCUGGAGAGAAGCAUUAUCACCCCACAUGUGCCCGCUGUGUCCGUUGUGAGCAGAUGUUUGCAGAAGGAGAAGAAAUGUACCUGCAAGGAUCUUCUAUCUGGCACCCUCCAUGCAGACAAGCAGCCAAGCAGGAGGAGAAGAGUAAGGUGACCCGGACUUCAUCUGAGAGCAUCACUUCAGUCCCAGCAUCCAGCGCCUCAGGCUCUCCCAGCAGAGUCAUCUAUGCCAAACUAGGAGAGGAGAUGCUGGAUUACAAGGACUUGGCAGCCCUUCCAAAGACCAAGGCCAUCUAUAACAUAGACAGGCCUGACAUGCUGUCCUACUCUCCCUACGUCAGCUAUCCAUCUGAGGAGAGGCACUAUGGAGAGUCCCCCCUGCUGCUUUCUCCUACUCCUACUGAGGGCGAUGGGGAGAAGUCACCCCGUCAACGAAGACCUUCCAGCCCCAGCUCCAACAGCUCCCUGGGGGGCUACGGACGUUACACCCCGUCCCGUUCCCCCCAGAAUUACAGCCGAGCAGGUAGUGAAAGUGGUCGGAGUACCCCAAGCUUAUCCACCUACUCUGAUGGCAAAUCCCCCUCCUCUGCUUCUACAUACGUGGCUGCUCCUCGACAUUUCCACGUACCAGCUUCUAGAACAUCCUGGCAGGAUGGGGACGAUAGCAAGAGGACCAGUUGGAUGAUCUUGAAGAGUGAGGUCGAUGGACAUAUGGGUCCAGAAGACCUUGACCCCUGCAAGUCAACCUGCAGUCUGCCCACUGACACCUCCCAGCCGAAUUUCCCCUACAGUAAGUCUGCAUCCUUACCCGGCUAUGGAAGGAAUGGCAUCUAUAAGGCUGCUGAGAUGGUGGAGGAUGAAGUGGACCCAGACUCCCAGAGCUGGGGUGGCAUGAGAGAGUACAAGGUCUACCCCUAUGAAAUGCUGGCAGUGACGCAUAGAGUGAAAGUGAAGCUUCCCAGAGACAUAGAUCGUACCAGACUGGAGAGACAUCUAUCACCUGAAGACUUCUAUCGGGUGUUCGGCAUGACCUUGGAUCAGUUUGACCGCCUGGCUCUAUGGAAGAGGAACGACAUGAAGAAGAGGGCACGCCUUUUUUAGACCAAAAGAAAAAGGCACCAAGCAACAUCUCAAUAAUCACCCGUCCUGUGUGGAAGGAAUUAUAAAAGAAAAAAACAACAACUCAUCCGAAAUAUCUAUAUAUGCACCGCCAUGAUACCCCAACUUUCCACCUGUAAAACGCAAUGCCAUCUGCCUGUGAUGUAACGGAGAGGCGCUCCGUGCGGGGAACAUUUUCACGAUGUUGAGGCAGCAUCUAUAGCUUUUUGUAUGCGAUGUGGUCCGAAUGUUUGACUGACAACCUUAACGGAGGAGAAGGAGGAGCUGCGUUUGCAUGGCCUGUGUUGAUGCUCCUCGCCUCCUAUGUGGUUUCUGCAUCUACCCCCACCCGCCCAUCCAGGCGCUUUCAUACUCCCUGGCACAAAAAAAAACAACAACAAAAAAACAGCUUUUUGUAAUUCUCGUGCAGGCCUUCUUCCAGGUUUCUGUGGUUCUGACUGUUUUAUGUGCGCCUUCUUCUACUCUGUCAAUCUUGACUUAUCUCCCUGUUUUUAUCUUGAGUUUUUCACCCACAGCUUGUUUGUUUUCAAUUUGUGAGGGUUUAUCAUGUUAUCUGUCUGCAUAUCAUUUGUUUUUUUGCCUUCUCUCUCUCGCUGUCUCUCCAUCAUCUUAAGUUGUUUUCCCUGCACUGAGUUCAUUUUUACACCCUCGCCAUUACUCUAGGAUGGUGAAGAGACUGCAGAAUCACUGCAAACACGUUCACUGCUGAAGCAUGCCAAGGCCAAAGACAGGGAUAAGAAAACUACUUGAGCUUCUCUGAUCUUUUACUUCAAAAACUGUCAGAGCACCUUAUCAUACGCUUUUGUUUUCAAUUUCAAGCUCAAUCAGAGAGGACUGGCUUGGUAGUUUUUUGACAUGCGUGCCCUGAUACGUUUGAAUGCAGUCCCAUAUCUUACACAAGCCCCUCGUAAAUCUGCGCAGAUAGGGGAGCCAAGGCUGGAAAGGGGCCACAACAUAGCAGUGAAUCACAGAUAGGGAGGGGGAAUAAAAAAGGAGAAUGCGGGGCCCUGCAGAUCCCUCACUAGACAUACAGCGCAGAAGGGUUUCAGGGUGUGCAAAGGUGUCAAACAUGCAGCAUUGCCAGAGUGACAGGCACUCACAUCAACAAAACAGAAAAUGAAAUUAUUUUUAUAAGCUAUUUUUGACUUCUGGAAAGGAUCAUUAAAGCAAUCAUCAGACACAGCUGAGAGAAAUCAUGAUUUUUGUUACAAGACAAAAAAGCCCAUGCUGACUUUGUUAAGCUUCACAGACCUGCAGCAGCACUUAAGCAUAACAAGUGAGGUCUUGCUUGAUUUAAAAACUCAAUACUAUAACUGUGUUAUACCUUCUCAGAUAGAGAUUUAACUCUUUAUAUGUUUGUUGUUUGAAAGAAUUGUCACGUACAGUCAAAGCUACACAUUUAAGCUGAAGUACAUUGGCUUCGCUUGAUUUCUGGGCAGUAAAUCCAUCAACUCUACAACUAACAUACUGUAAGGUGUAUGUGAACAUAUACUGGACAUAUACCAGAUAUUUUUGUCUGUAUACAAGCCAUGGUGUAUAACUCUUCAGGCAUGCAUGAGGAUGGGAAAAUGGGGUUUUGUCCUAUAACCUCAGUUAAGAAAUGUAUGAAAAUAAUACCAUCAAUGUGGUUUGAGUGAUUGAUUAUUUUCUGGUUAAAUUACAUCUGAUUAAAAGGCCCGGGUCAGCUGCUUACAUUAGCUUGAGUUAGAUAUUUAUUUAAUUGCAAUAUUAAGGAAGGGAUAUUGUUUUUUGCGAUCUUAAGGGUGUAGUGUCGAGUGAAUGGCACCGCAGUUUUCUUUUCUUUUUUUUGAAGAAAAACAUAUCAAAUUUUGAGUUUAUUUUGAGUGUUGAAUCAAAUUUUGCUCCUGUAAGUAACACACUAACUGUUGUCAUAAACCGUCAUGUCUUCUUUCUAAUAUUCAUCUGCUAUUAAAGUGCUUUAUCCAAACUACAGAGUCACAAUGGA